UCGCGUCACAGAAACUUCUGACAAAAAGGCCAACGUGCAGGACCCCCAGCACAUGCCCCAGAUACUGUGUGUGGCGUGGGCAAACCCACACACCUUAGUUGCUGUCCUCGGUGACUUUAUCAAAGGUUGUGAAUCUAUCUUGUAAGUGGCUGGAUGGACAAAGCAAAAGCAUUCAGAGGGAAGGUCCUUUUCCUCUUCAUUGCUACCUCUGUCCUCAUCUUCUUCAUCACUGGGAGAACACCCAGGACAUACAGGUCCAUCCCAAGGCCACGUGGGCCUCUGAACACUUGCCCCUCCCGGGUCUCUGAGCAGACCAUCACCCCCCUCAACAAUACCAAGCACUUACUGGUGUCAGCCUACAUGGACCAGAGAGUGAAUGGCUUCGAUAUACGCAUCAUUGGCAUAUUUAGGAGAGACUCCAUCCAGCCCCUUUACUGUUUUUUCUGCUGUGCUGGCCAGUUGUCAACUACAACUCCAACAACAAUUUUACAACAUACAGACAACUUUGGCUUCCCCUUCGUGACUACAGAUGUCAUGUGUCAGAUUCCUCAAAACUGCAACGCUACACAUGUCACUCUUCUGACUCAGCCAGAUAAAGUGAGGGAGUUUAACCAGAUUUGGCUUCCUAUAAGAAACCAGAAGACCAAUGAGAAGCAGGAGAAAAAGUUGCAGUUCAACUUUACAGUCUGCAUCUCCAACCUGUUUGGAGACUACAACAACGUGCUUCAGUUUUCACAGACACUGGAGAUGUACAGGCUUCUGGGUGUGAAUAGGGUGGUGAUCUAUAACACCAGCUGUGGCCCAGAACUUGACCGCCUGUUGCAGACCUACAGCCAAGAGGGCUUUGUGGAGAUGGUUCCUUGGCCCAUUGACCAGCAUCUGAAUCCAUCUUCUGGCUGGCUCUUCUCAAAGAGUGGUGGGGAUGUGCACUACUUCGGCCAGCUGACCACGCUUAAUGAAUGCAUUUACAGAUCCAUGGACCGGUCCCGCUAUGUCAUGCUGAACGACAUAGAUGAGAUUAUAAUGCCAUACCAACAUAACGACCUGAUGUCACUGUUUAACACGCUCCAACAGCAGCAUCCAAAUACGGGGGUGUUCCUCAUUGAGAACCAUACAUUUCCCAAGAAACCCUUUGAGGAAAGUAAAAAGGGCCCCCUGCCUCAAUGGAGAGGGGUGCCAGGCUUUAAUAUUCUGGAGCACAUCUACAGGGAGGAGCCCGACAGAAACAUAUACCACCCCCACAAGAUGAUAGUUCAACCAAGGAUGGUGGAGCAGACCUCAGUACAUGAUGUGCUGAAGAUGUUUGGAGACAAGUUUAAGGUUCCACCAGACGUCUGUCGUAUCAUUCACAGCCCAAUCAGCACCCCGACACAACGGCCACUGGAGCAGCUCCAUGUGGACACUCGCCUGUGGGACUUUAAAGAAGAACUGCUCCCCAGUGUGAGCAAGGUGCUGAGGAGAGCCGGGCUGCUGAGUUGAGAAGGGCAGUCAGAGAGAUGGACGUACGCUCAGAUGGACAAACAAGCUGUACACUUAUUAUAUAGCUCCGUAAAGCUUGCUGCAGAUUCUGGUGAUAAUUCUCACUUGGUUCAUCACUAUGAGCCACCCAUUUCCCAUUGUCACCUUCUUUUUAUAUUGCCAUUUGAUACAUUGUUGUUACAAAAAAUAAUGUACAGUAAAUCUGUCUUCCAACCUUCAUAAAACAGUGAAGCACACCUCACAUCAGUGAUCUAAAAAUCAUGAGGAAAUGCAACACCGGUCCUUUCUUAGAAACCGCAGGCACCUGAUAGGGAAGGGGGAGGGUGCAUCUGAACUGGGCUGGAUUACUUUGCUGUUUGCCUGGCUGACCUCUUGGAGUGGAUGUCAAGGCACUGCCUCAAGUCAAGUUACAUUUCUUACAAUGUCAGCUCAAUAUACUUCACACACAGCAAAUAUGAACAAAAUUAAAUUAAACAUGAAUCCAUAUUUAAA